AUGCAGGUGGCAUUGAAGUACUCCACACGCACGAGCCACCCUCUCUUUUUCAACCAGCUAUACGGGGGACCAGAGCCUGUGGGCAUUGCAGGUGAAUGGUUGGCAGUGGCCACCAAUACCAAUGCGCACACCUUUGAAGUUGCACCGGUCUUCACCUUGGCUGAGACUGAAGUGCUUGCCAAGAUGGCUCGGGUGGUCGGAGGUGCAUAUGCAGAGGCAAAUGACGGCCUCUUUGUGCCAGGAGGAUCCAUUGCCAAUCUGUAUGGAAUGCAUUUAGCGCGCAACAGGGCAGACCCCGGCUUUAAAAGCAGAGGCGCUGUGGGCGGCCCUCGCUUGGUGGCCUUCACAUCUAAGCACGCUCACUACUCCUACCUCAAAGCAGCGAGUAUGACUGGUCUUGGCAGUGACAACCUCAUUGUGGUGCCCUGUGAUGAAAAUGGGGGAAUGAUUUCAUCAGAGUUGGAAGCUGCCAUAGUGGCAGCAAAGGCCAAAGGCGGCGUUCCAUUCUUUGUGGGGACCACUGCUGGCACAACAGUCCUGGGCGCAUUUGACCCCCUGCCUGCAAUUGCUGAGAUCUGUCAGCGGCAUGAAUUGUGGCACCAUGUCGAUGGCACAUGGGGUGCAGCGGCGCUUCUAAGCCGUACACAUCGGCACCUCAUGGCCGGCUGUGAGCGCUCAGACUCACUUUCCUGGAACCCCCACAAAAUGAUGGCAUAUGGGGACAGCGGCUAUGAGGCCCGCCUCGAUCAUGCAAUGCAGAUGGCGCAAUACUUGGAAGGCAAGAUACUGGGAGAUGUAGAUGCUUUCGUGCUUGUGCACCCUCGCAGCUUUACAAAUGUCUGCUUCUACUGGAUACCGCCGAGCUUGCGUCCGCUCAAUUUGAAGACCGCCAGCAAGUCAGAACUAGAUGAAUUGGGCAAGGUGGCUCCUAAGUUGAAGCACCACAUGCAGAAGAAUGGGGAUGCCAUGAUUGGGUUUCAGCCAUUAGGACCUUGGCCGAACUUCUUCAGAAUUGUCUUUGCGAGCGCUUGGAGCCUCGCAGAGAAAGACUUGGACGCCUUGCUUGACCGCAUGGAUGCUCUAGGAAGGAAUCUCUACUCGUCAGAGAGCAAGCGAUUGGCAGGCAAGACUCAAUUGCUGCAGUCCUACAAGUCUAAAUACAAAUUUUUCCUGCGAGGCUGUCUUGCACAGUUGGAAGCACCAGCACCGAGCGUUGAGGCACCCUUCCCAGCACUCCAAGCAGAUGCACCUGCUGUCCUAGAAGCCUCGCCACCAGUGGCUACAAUUGAGGCACAGGCACCGAUCGAAGCUCAGGCGGCAGCUGGGAGGAAGUCUCUGGCGCUGUCCACUGGGCCAGGCCCCAAGGGGCCCACCCUCAUUGAUGAGCAGGGCAACGAGAUCAUCCUCAAGGGCCUCUCCGUCUUUGGCUUCAACUCUGUGUGGACAAUGAUCGGUAAUCUGACAGGCGGCUCGGACGCGAUUAGCCGCGACCUUGGCCACGUCAUGUACCGCAUGAAGAUGCUCGGCUUCAACGCCAUCCGCCUCCCCUUCACCUUCGCAGCCCUGGCCAAGGAGCCGGUGGACUACACGGGAAAGUGCAAGCCGGUGAGCGCGGCGGAGGUUGAGGCCACGCUGGUGCCGCCCACCGUUCCCUCCGGCCUCAAGGCCUCCGGGCUUACAGACCUGCCCCAGGCGCCGCCCGCGCUGCCGGAGGACACCUGCAACGCCUACCUGCCCAACGACUCCACCUUCCACCGCUACCUCUGGGUCAUCCGGUACUUUGCGAGCCAGGGCUUCUACGUGGUGGUGGACUACCAGAGCAUGAAGGGCGGCCCCGAGGACAACAUCUUUGACAAGGAGGCCUGGAUGGCGCAGUGGGUGGACCUGGUGUCCCAGCUGGUGCAGUACGCGCCCGAGACCAAUGGCCGCCUCCUGCUCGACCUCAUCAACGAGCCCGACGGUUUUGGGAUGACAUGGGAGGCGCAGGCUGACAAGCCGUCGCUGGGCAGCUACUACCUGGACCUGGGCGACAAGCUGAACGCAGUCUGCCCCAGCUGCAUCUUCCUGCUGGAGGGCACCGGCCAGUCCAAGUUCCUGGGCGUCGACUGGGGCACCGGCUUUGCCACUGACAGCAAUGUGAUCCAGACAGUGGGCAUCUCUGACCCCAAUGGCUUCUUCCAGGCGCUCGUGCAGAAGCCCUGGGUGGACCAGGUCGCCCUGGCUCCCCACCUCUACUGCCCCGUCGCGGCCGGCCGGCCGCGCCUGUUUUCCGACGGCCCCACGAUGUGGAACGCGCUGACCACCAUGGUUGGAUACCUCAACUCCGAGGGCUACUGCUACAACAACAAUUGCCACCGCUUCCCGAUCGUGCUGUCGGAGUUUGGGAGCGCGCUGAACGAGCGCACUGAGCUGGACUGCUUCACCAGCCUGACCAACUACAUGACCUCCACGGGCCUCGCCAACGACGGCCGCCACUCCCCCAUCCAGUCCUGGUUCUACUGGGCGUGGAACGCAGAGACAGCCAUCACGGGUGGCCUGGUCGGGGACGACUUAGUGAGCAUCCUGUGGAACAAGAUUGCCGCGCUCACCGGCGGCACCACCCAGUGGCCCUUCGGCCUCGGCCUGCGCCCCUGGUACCUGCAGGGCUUUGAGGAGGUGAACGGCACGAGCGCGGUCCCCAACUCGGACAUUCCCUCGUGGGUGGUCACGGAGGCACAGGCAGCGCAGCACCGCGGCCAGGCGGUGGAUGUGAACGACCGCUUCACCAUCCCCGUCAGCGGCGCCGUCUCCGGCGCCAACCCCCUCACCUCCGGCCAGCAGACAGGCGAGGGAGCGGGCUCGGGCAGCAACGCGGCGGCCGGCGGCGGCAGCAGCGGCAGCCGGCACCUGAGCAGCGGCGCGAUUGCCGGCAUUACCAUCGGCACACUGGUCGGCGUGGCCGGCAUCGCAGCGGCUGCCGUGUUUGCAGCGCGCAAAGUUGCGGCCAGCAAGGCGCAGCCCGAGAACAUGUCCACCUUCAACCAGGCCUUCAACAGCGCCGCCUGAUGUGGCACCUUGCAAAGAAACAGCUGCUGCAAUCGCAGUGGAGGAUCAAAGACAAGAUGGAAUAACCCUGGCAGCUUCUAUGGAGCAGCCCGCUGCAACUGCGGGCUCAAAGCCUCUCCUGUGUGGAGGCUGUCAGGUGCUGAUGGGGGGAACUCAGUGACAAUGUUGGUGGGACUGAUGAGGGAGAUGGAUGGGAUGAGUUUGGUAUCGGGCACAAGAUGGCGUUGCAUCCUGGCUGGGAAUUGGGGUUGCACGGGCUAUACUGUCAGAGAAGCCACCUCGAUCAAUCUGUGUCUGACAAGUUGUAGGUGCUGGCUGCAUCAAGAUAGCAUUGCCAUGCUGCUGAGCUUGGUGACGGAUAUGUGUUUUGUGUGACAAGCAGAUAGGGACGUAGAGUGCGCGUACAUUUGAUUCCAAACAUUUCAUUAUGACAACAUUUCAUUCCCUAGUUGAUUCUGAGUCUGUUGUGCAUAUGCCAGUGUGUUUUGUUGCUCCUGCAAUAUGUAUUGAGCGUAUACUCAUGCUUGCUUCAAGGUGUAAGUUUUCAUGAUGUCGA